AUGUCUACUAAGGUAGGCUAUGGUUGGAAGUGGUUGUGUUUCUUUCCAGUUGUCUGCAAUCAUCUAAGAUCCCAACUAGCGCAAAGGUCCUUACACUGUUUAUGCCACAAACGACUGCGGCCUGAGCCUGGAGGCCAAGACUCGCUUUGCUGA